CCUCCAAUUGGCCUGGAAUCUUGUUUCCCAUUCCUUCUUGCUCUCCUUUUUCCCCUAUUUUUGGCCAACUCUGUUUUUUUUCCUCUGUUCUUUGCCCUUUUAACUUUUCUUCUCCAUUCUCUUUCUUUCUGCAUUGCUCUUUGCAUGAACCAAAAAAAUUAAGUUUGGUCAAAAACCUUUCGAUUCUUUUAUCUCCUCAGUUAGAUUCUUUCAUAUUAAGAUAUUUUUUUCCCUUUGAAGUACCUUGUCCUUCUUUACUUUGCCAUUCUUUCAAAGUUUCAACUUUUGCCUCCAAAUUCACAAAACAAGAUGUGUUGGUGAUUGAAGACAAUAAAAAAUGGCAUUGAAGUGGGAUGAUAUUGGGAACUCGUUGAGUUAUUGGAGUUGCAAUUGGGAUAUGGAAAAUGAUCAUUUUAGUGGAAGUGAAUCAAAAGGCUUUUCUGAGGCUGUUAAUGAUGAUAUUGUUGAUAGACUGCCUGCAGAUCCAUUUGGGAUGGAAAUAAGGUCUACUUUUGCUGCAGCAAUCACAGGUUGGAUUCAUGAUGUUGAGAAUGAAUUGGGGUCAGAUUUAUGUGUGUUUGGCAUGCAAGAUGGUGAUGAAAAUAAGAUUACUGAUCAUCACCGUUUGUUCAAGGGUCUAAAUUCGGUUUGGAAUGGGACCGUGAGUUUCCAACAGGAAGAAGGCAAUUCAAGUUUUUCUGGAUUUGGUUCAGAAGAUGAUGAUAAAAACAUUGAUGAUGAUCAAUCAUCUUUCUUUAAAGGUAAUCAUCGAGUUCGAAAUGGAACCCUGAGUUUCCAACAGGAGGAAGGUACCUUUCAAGUCGAUGAAAUAUCAAUCCCAAAUGAAUUUAUUGAUGGAUUUGGGAUUGGUAAUGGACUUCCCGAUGGAGGUUUUGUAUUCAAUGAUGAAGGUAAUAAGUUGGAGGGCUGCAAUGGAGUUUCUUGUGAUGAUAGUGAAGGAGAUGCUCCAAAUAAUGCUUUGUUUUUCACCCUUGGUUAUCUUGGUGUUAAGGAUCUCCUUGUAAUGGAAAGGGUCUGUAUAUCUUUAAGGGAUGCUGUUAGAAAUGAUCCUCUCCUUUGGAGGAACAUUCAUAUUGAAGAUUCAUUGAGUAAGAGAAUUACCGAUGAUGCUCUUUUAAAAUUAACUAGCAGGGCUCAAGGCACUAUUGAAUGCUUGAGUCUGGUGGGGUGCAAAAUGAUCACUGAUGAUGGUUUGAAACGCGUGCUUGAAAGCAAUUCCAAGCUCAGUAAGUUAAGUGUGCCAGAAUGUACGAGACUUAAUGUCGAGGGCAUUUUGUUGAAUUUAAGAGCUUUCAAGUCUGCUGGGUUCCCAGGAAUAAAACAUUUAAGAAUAGGUGGAAGUUUUAGCGUAACAGAAGAGCAAUUCAAAGAGUUGAAGUUAUUACUAGGGAUAAAUAAUUCAAUGCAACUGCAAGAGCAAAAACCACAGUUUUUCCGACAGGGGCAAUCACAGCUCAUGUCUGAUGAUGAUAGGGCAAUCGACAUUGAAGUUUGUCCUAGAUGUCAGAAAUUGAAACUAGUUUAUGAUUGCCCAUCUGGGAGUUGCAGAAGAACAUAUCAUGCUGCUCAGUUGUGUAGGGCUUGCAUUCUCUGCAUUGCACGUUGUAUUCAUUGUGGUUGCUGCUUUAAGGACUGCGAUUAUGAGGAAACAUUUACCCUCGAUUUGCUUUGUUUCAAUUGUUGGAAGCAAAUAGGUGGCCCUUCUUCUAAGCACAUGUUGCACGAGACGAGGAAUCAGUUAUGCUUUCAUGGAUAGCUCAGAAGAUGUGAUAUAAUAUUCCCUUUGGAUACAGAUUGUGGACAAGACACUUGUUGUUGCACAAUGGCAAAACUUAGAAAGUGGUAAGAGAUGCCUAGCAUCUUAAGCCUAGUCUAAUGGCUGCCAUGAUGAGUACUCCUGCUUUGUUGGAUGGGAACAUUGAGGUCGGUUGGUUGGCAGGAAUGAGAUAUGGAGGUAAAUCUUAUAAAAGAUCCUUCCAUUGAUUGUGUUGAUGAAAGCAUUGGUGAUUUGUUCCAUCAUUGGGAAGAAGGAAGAAUGGCGUGGAGCGAGGAUGGUGGAUGACCAGGACUUUCUUUCAUAGGGAGCUUUGUUGUUGGGAUAACUGUAAUUUAAUCCAUGGGCCUUGACUGAAAUUCAUUUGUUUUAAAUACGAAAGCUGAAUAUAGUUAGUCAAUUUCCUA